AUGUCCGUCGGAGGCGGUGGAAACAUGUGCUAUGCCAGCUGUCCUGCAUCCACAGUGACUAUACAGCCACCACCCUUCGUCCUAAAUAUCCCAGGACCAGCGCUCUACUGCCCUGACCAAAACUUUGGCAUUGAGCAAUACAACCCAUGCGCAGGCUAUGGCGGUGGAUAUGGAGGCAGCGGAGGAAUGGGGGGCCGUGCUAUUGGUAGCGGAAGCGGCAUGGGCAUAGGUGGUGGUAUGGGUGGAGGAGGAGGUUAUGGAGGCCUUGGUGGUGCAGGUGGUUAUGGGGGUGGAAGUAUGGGAGGCCGUGGGCUUGGUGGUUUAGGUUCAGGUGGCAGUCUGGGCGGUGGAGGAGGUUAUGGGGGCAUUGGUGGUGGUUAUGGGGGUGGAAGUAUGGGGGGCCGUGGUGGGGGUGGUUUAGGUGGAGGUAGCUUGGGUGGUUUAGGUGGGGGUAGCAUGGGUGGUAGUGGUGGCAUUGGUGGAUCUGGUGGACGUCGAGGCAGCAUAGGUGGUGGCACCGGGGGCGGACGUAGAGGCAGCAUAGGUGGUGGCACCGGGGGCGGACGUAGAGGCAGCAUAGGUGGUGGCAGCGGGGGAGGACGUAGAGGCAGCAUAGGUGGUGGCAGUGUGAGUGGACGUAGAGGCAGCAUAGGUGGUGGCAGUGUGGGUGGACGUAGAGGCAGCAUAGGUGGUGGCAGCAUGGGUGGCGGUCUUGGUGGAUCUGGAGGUAGUGUUGGUGGUGGCACUGGUGGAAUUGGAGGCAGUAUGGGUGGUGGAGGAGGAGGACGCCGAAUCAGCGGGGGACGCCGAUACAGUGGCAGUGGUGGCUACAGCAGUGGCGGAUAUGGUGGAAGUGGUGGCUACAGCAGUGGCGGAUAUGGUGGAAGUGGUGGCUACAGCAGUGGCGGAUAUGGUGGAAGUGGCGGAUACAGCAGUGGCGGAUAUGGUGGAAGUGGUGGAUACGGAAGUGGCGGAUAUGGUGGAAGUGGGGGAUAUGGCAGUGGCGGAUAUGGUGGAAGUGGCGGAUAUGGUGGCAGUGGUGGAUACGGCAGUGGUGGAUAUGGUGGAAGUUGCGGAUAUGGCAUGGGCGGAUAUGGCAGUGGUGGAUACGGUAGCGGUGGAUAUGGUGGCAGAAGUUAUGGCACCAGAAGGAUUAUAUACUCUGGAGGCCGCAGAAGCGGAUAUGGUGGAGGCGGCUACAGCAGCAGGUCUUAUGGCGGCUCCUAUGGUGGAAGCUUGGCGCUGCUGCCUAGUACCGCAUGCUACACCUGCUACUGA